AUGUCAACAUUUGAUGGUUAUUUUAGAGAAUUCGAUGGAUUGAUCAGAGCAGAUAACUUUACAAAAGAUUAUAAAUCGAUUUAUCAUUCCAAAUCAGUUUUAUAUCUUUUAUCUCAUAUUCAUUCAGAUCAUACAAACGGUUUAAACACUUUUAAUGAUCAAGACCUUUUCAUUUACUGUUCAUUCAUCACCAAAGAAACUAUCUUGAAUACAAAAACAUUCAAUCAAAGAUAUCCUUUAAAAUCAACAUCACCAUCCAAGAAAUCAAAAGAAUAUAAAUUUGAAAAUCUACAACAACAUCCUUUCUUAAAAGCUAUAUCAUUAAGAAAACCAACUGAAAUCAUCCUAAAACCUACUGAAAAUCCAGAUGAAAAUCAAACAUGUUGUAUCACUCUAUUCGAUGCUAAUCAUUGUCCUGGUUCAGUCAUGUUUUUAAUUCAAAUGUGGAAUAAAUCAGUUUUAUAUACCGGUGAUAUUAGAGCUGAACCUUGGUGGAUCGAAUCUUUAACCAAAGAAUCAAUCUUGGCUCCUUUUCUUGACUUUAAUCAUGCUCAUCAGUUUAGCAAUCAUCAUCAUAAUCGAAUCAAAUUGGAUAAUAUUUAUUUGGAUACUUCAGGUUUGGUGUAUAAGAAAGACGUCUUAACAAAGGAACAAGCUAUUCUUUCCACACUUCGAUUGAUGUCUUUUUAUCCUGAUGAUACGAUUUUCUUUAUCAAUACUUGGACAUGGGGUUGGGAAGAAUUAUUAGAAAGGAUUUCAAUUCAUUUUCAAACUUUAAUUCAUGUAGAUCAAUACAAAUUUGAUCUAUACACACUUCCAAAUUUCGAAAAACAUUAUCCAUUACUAACCACUUCGAUCACCUUGGAUUGCAAAUCGACUAGGUUUCAUGCAUGUGAAAGAAAACAAAGAUGUGAAGAAUGUGAAGAUGAAAGAUACCUAAAUCAAUAUUGUCCAGACCAUCUUCAGAACGGUAUGAAAGAAAGAAAACCGUUUGGAAGAGUGGUGACGGUGAAUCCAAUGGAAAUUGAUGAGAAGAAAUGGUCAAGUAUCAAAGUUCAACUUGAAGGUGAAAUUAAAUUGGCUAUUGAAGAAGAAAAGAAUGGGGUACUAGAGAAUGAUUUGUGGCCAACUCUGAUAAUUUCUCCAUUCACUCGACACUCAUCUUUCAAAGAAUUACAUAAACUAGUUUCGAUUUUCAAACCCAAAACAUUAUUUCCAAACACAACCCAACCAAGUAAAGGGUUUAUCGAAUACCAUUUAUUACCAAUCUUAUUCCGAUCAGUUUUGUCAGAAGGAUCCAUCGAAAGAUUAGAACAAGAAGUCCAAGAAUACAUUGAUCAGUAUUCCAAACAAAUCGGAAGUUUAAUGAUCAUUGAAUCUCAAGUGAUUCAUGAUUUAAUGGAAUCUUUACCUCGCACGUUUUCACAAUUUCAUUCUGGAGAUCAUCAAGAUCAUGGUCAUAGUAAACCAAUGGAAAUGAAGGUGGAUGAGAUUUUUGAAAAGUUUGAUGAGUUGGAUGUAACAGAUGAAGUGUUUGUGGAAACGUUUUUGAAUGAUGAAGAAGAAAAACAACAAACGAUUUCACUUUUGAAUUCGAUUGGAUCUCAAGAUAAAACUAUCCAAGAUGAUCAAUCAAUGUCGAAUGGGUUUAAUUCAAAGGAUUUCUUAUCGAGCGGGAUGAUUGAUUUAACUAAACAUGAUGAUCAUCCAUUGACUUCUUCAACGAACAAAUCCGAUCGAACUGAUCCUAAACGAAGUAUGAUUGAAGAAACCCAAGACGAUCACCCCAAAAAAUCAAAACUUACCUUUAAAGAGACCACUAACCAAUCCACACCACCACCAAGACUCACCAAUUCUACUCAACCAAACUUAUCAGAAAAUGAUCAUCAUGAUGAAUCAAAUUCCGAAGAAUUCGCCGUUCAUCCGUUUUAUACAUCUGAUUCAAUUAAUCAAAAAUUAACAAACUUAUCAAUCCAAGUCAAUGAAGUCAAUCAAAGAUGGUUAAAAUCAUUAAAUGAUUUACAACUUGAUUUAACAUGUGAUUUAGAAGAAAGUUUAGUUUAUCAAUCUCUCGCCUUUCAAAAUGGUUUGGUUGAUUUGAUUUUGAUUAGUAAAGAACUUAAUCACCUUAAAUUGUUUAUCAUUGAUUUCAUUCAUCAAAUUUAUUCUUAAUCUUUCUUUUCUUUUCAAUUGUUGUUUUAGUAAACCAUGUAAAAAGCCUUUUUCUUUUCAGAAACUGGAUUGUUGUAAAACUUUGUAUACUUUCAAAUUCAACGAGUGAAUAGUAAUCAAACUCAUAGCAAAACACCCAUUCAAUAUAAUCUCUUGUAUAUAUGUAGACCAAGCGCCAAAGAAAGAGUCAAGAAUAAGACGUCGGAAAGCGAUAGACUUUAAUUGUCAUUUGUAUCUUACUCAAAGUCUUUGUAUGUAGAUCAAGUUUAGAAAUCAAGAAGAAUAUUUGAU